UGUGCACUGACCAAAACACCUCCAGUGUGAGUUUGUGUUUAUAGGAAUGAAGUUGGCUGAAGUCUUCUCUGCACUGACGCACAACGGAGUUAUUUCAUCGCUCAGAUCAUCACUGACGACGCGAUCUGACAUUCAUCUACCCCUUCUGAAACCCAGAUCUAUCAUCAUCCCCCCAUCAUGAGCGAUGACUGGGACAGACACAGGCCUGAUAGGAGUCGCAGCCAGAGCCAUGCCCCCCGACAGACCCAGAAUGUAAAACCCAAACCCAACCAGAGCUACAGAGAGGACCACCUGAGGAAGGAGAAGCCGAGGAGGUCCAGGAGCACCGACUCUGAGAGGGCAGAAAGAGGCCGGAGGAGAGAACGAGACCGUCAUCAUGGAGAGAGGAGACAGAGGGGAAGGAGUGAGGAGGCCCGGAGGAGAGACGGGAGAGAGGGAGAGAGUGACCGGAGGAGGGUGAAACCCCCUGAGGAUGAUGUGGAGGACACAGAGUGUGCUGUCUGCUUCUGCUCCUAUGAUAACGUCUUCAAGACUCCAAAGCUGCUGGCGUGUGGGCACACCUUCUGCUUGGAGUGCUUGGCUCGUAUUAAUGUCACCUCCCCUGAGCUCAAGACCCUCUCCUGCCCUGUUUGUCGAGAGGUGACAGAGCUCCCCCACGGUCAGGACCUUCCCCGGCUGGGCAACAAUGAGGAAAUCAUUGGGAAACUGCCACCAGACAUGCAGAGAGCAUUAUCCAUCAAAUUCAAGCGCAGCAAAGGCAAACUCCUUUUGAAGAGCCCUCCUCCCAGCAGCCCAACCAGGACGAGCAUCCUCCCCCUGCCCAAAAAGAGCCAGGAUGGUCAGGUCACAGCAGGCGGGGACGUCAACCUGAACACCAUGGAGCAGGGGAUCGUCCCAGCCACAGAGGUGGACGUGGGCAGGCCUCCAAACAGAGUCCACGGACGUCUGCGCAGGUUGUUCCGCUCUGAUCGGUGCUACUACGCUGUGGUGGCGUCCAUCAUCACCAUCACUGUGGCGCUCAUGCUGGUGGGGAUCCUCGCCUUUGUCAUCAUACCCAACGUGAUCAUACAUCGGAGGCCGCCGAACCAACUAGGGAACCCAAACGGGACUGCAAUUGGACCCUGACAUGGGUGAUCAGACUUCAGAGACUGGAGCAGAGGGAGGGAAUGACAGACUGAAGCUGUUGUGGUUCUCAGAGAUCCUUGAUGAGAAAUGAUGAAGGAAAAACAAAGCACUGAGACACACUGUAGGCGGUUUAAAGUGAAGAAAUGAAGGAAAACAAGGGCAGCAACAUUUUUUAAACAGAGGACACACAGGCUCAUAGCUGCACAUGAGGGAAAACAGGGCAUCUGUGCAUUAUUUUUCUAUAGUAAGUGAUCACUGUGAAAGCCAAAAACACUAUCUUAAAGAAUCUAAUAAUAAGCUGUAUAUUUUUAAAUGCACUAAACUCUAUGAUAUGAAGAGGCAAGUAUUUAGGCAGAUUUCCAAAACAAGAUCAGGGUUUCUAGUUCUUCCAAAUUGUGUAUAAAGACUAACUGA